AUGCAAGUAUCGCGACCUUCGUGUGUCUUCACGGUAAUGACAUACAACGUUUUAAGUAGCUCCUAUGCUAAUCCGAGCAUGUACGGAUAUUGUCAACCGGAAUACCUAGAUUGGCAAGUCCGGGGAAAGAACGUGUUGUCAGAAAUAAAUAGAUACAUGUGUGACGUAAUAAGUCUUCAGGAAGUCGAGAUGGAACAGUAUACCGAUUGGUUCCUUCCCAAUCUUCAACGUAAGGGAUACAGUGGCUGCUUCACUCCAAAGUCACGAGUAUCGACGAUGUCAGAUCCAAAAAAACGGCUCGUCGAUGGAUGUGCUAUUUUUUGGAAAACGCAAAAAUUUUCUUUCGUUGAUAUGAAGGUGAUAUUGUACAGGGACCUAGCGAUGCAGAAUACUGCAUAUUCUAAGGACAUGCUUAAUCGUGUCUGCAAUCGCGAUAAUAUUGGAUUACUGGCUGUAUUAAAAACUACGGCAGCCGCUUGGACUCAUGGGCCUCCAGUUCAUCCAAGUGAUGUCGAGCAAUUUGUCAUAGUAGCAAAUACUCACUUACAUUGGGAUCCAAAGUUUCCAGACGUAAAGAUUAUACAAUCCAUGAUGAUGACCAGGGAGAUCGUCUCCAUGGUAGAUAGCUUGAGGAAUUCUUUUAGUCGGCCUGACAAAAUCCUCCAAUUUUCCGACAUCAAGGUGCUACUCUGCGGUGAUUUCAAUUCACUGACGAAUUCUGGCGUAUUUCAGUUCCUAUCAACGGGACAGCUGCCGCUGAAUCAUCCGGAGAUUCACGGUUUUGAUUAUUUCAAUGCGAUUUCGAACAUAUUGGGAAGGGAAUGUUACGGCGGAAUUACCCACCCUUUAAAACUUUCAUCAGCUUGUAAUCCGCAGAUAAUGCCGUAUACAAACUACACAUACGGAUUCAAGGCGAUGAUCGAUUAUAUAUUUUAUUCGUCCUCCAACAUGGUAUGCCUUGGAAUCUACGGCCCCAUUCCGCAAGAAUGGUUCAAUAUGUAUAGUGUAGUGGGCUGUCCGCACCCUUUUGUUCCAUCUGAUCAUUUUCCGGUGAUAGCGGCCUUUCAAUUGAAUGCUUGA